AUGUUUGAUGUUGAAAGUUUGUUAAAAAAAUUAAAUGUCAGUGAGGAUAAAAAAGAAAAUAUUUUACAAAAAGAGCAACUUAAGAAAAACCUAGAAACGCUUUAUACAAAUUUUGAUACGGACAAUAAACUUCUUUUUACUCUUGCGUGUACUGCGCCAAAAAAAAUUGAUAUAUUAAUUUUUGGUAUAUUAAUUAAUGAAAAUGUCAUAAAAAACGAUGCAACAUUGCGAGCUUCUAUGAAGUUUGCCAUUAAGAAUACUGAUGUUACUUACGAAGAAUUAAAAGAUUUUAUAUUAAAAAACACCAAAUCAAAGGAAGAAGUUUCAGAGAUAAUUAAUAAAGCUUGUUUGUCCGGAAAAAGUAAAAAAGAAGUUUAUAUUAUUUUAAAGAAUAAACUUCCAUUUGAAGAUUCAAAAUAUUUAAUGGACGAAGUUAAUAAAUUUGAGAUCGAUACUUCUAAGUCAAAAAAGGUUAAGGAUUGGCUUGAAGAAGGAGAAGUAUCAAUGUUACAUAAACCCGGUGACAAUCCACAACUUAACGAAAAAAUUUUAAAAGACCAUUUAGAAAGAACAGGUGGAAAAGUUGUUACUAGAUUCCCCCCAGAGCCAAAUGGUAUUUUACAUAUUGGUCAUGCAAAAGCUAUAAAUCUUGAUUUUGGAUACGCGGAAAAAUAUAAUGGAAUUUGUUAUCUUAGAUUUGACGAUACAAAUCCGAGAAAUGAAGAAGAUUAUUAUUUCGAAUCUAUUAUUGAAGACGUUAAAUGGUUAGGAUUUGAACCUUAUGCAAUUACAUCGUCAAGUAAAUAUUUUGGUGAUAUGUGUGAACUUGCUGAGAAAUUGAUAUUAAAAGAUAAGGCUUAUAUUUGUGAGUUAUCAAAUGAAGAAUUAAAAAAAAGAAGAAGAAUGCUUUCAGAGGCAUUUGAAACUGACAAAGAUAAGAGUAUUGAAGAAUUGGGAUUGAUUCUUAGUCCAUAUAGAAAUAGAGAAAUUUCUGAAAAUCUUAAAAUUUUUAGAGAGAUGGUAGAAAAGAAACAUAAAGAAGGAGACUAUACAUUGAGGUUUAAAAUGGAUAUAAGGUCUAAGAAUCCAAUGAUGUUUGAUUUAGUGGGCAUGAGGAUUAUUGAUUGUGAUCAUGUUGUAACUAAAGAUAAGUAUAAUUUGUAUCCAUCGUACGAAUUCGCGCUUUGUGUUUCUGAUUCUCUUGAGGAUGUUACUCAUUCUUUUUGCACUCGAGAAUUUUUUACUAGACAAGAAAGUUAUAAAUGGCUUUUGGAUGCAUUAGAAAUUUAUAAACCAGUUCAAUGGGAGUUUAGUAGAUUAAAUAUCAGUAAUACUGUAUUAAGUAAAAGAAAAAUCGUGCCACUUAAGAAAUAUGGCAUAGAACUUGAUGAUCCAAGACUGUAUACUAUAAAAGGUAUGAGGAGACGAGGUAUACCUCCACAAGCUAUAAACAAUUUUGUUAAAAGUCUAGGGAUAACAUAUGCAGAGACUAUUAUUGAUAACAAAAAAUUUGAAAGUUUUAUUAGAGAUGAAUUGAAUAAAACAACGCAAAGAGUUAUGUGUGUAAUGGAUCCUCUUAAGAUUUAUAUUAGAAAUGCGAAAGAGCAAGAAAUUUCAAUUCCAAACAGCAAUCAAAAAAUAAUCUUUAAACCUUAUAUUUAUAUUGAAAAGUCAGAUUUCAAAAUGGAAGAUGAUGAUAAGGACUUUUUACGCUUUACACCAAAUCAAUCUGUUGGGUUGUAUAUGUUUGGCGCAAUUAAAUUCAUAAAAUUUGAUAAUGACAUGAUUAUUGCGGAAUUAACAAACGAAACACCCAAAAAGUUUAUUCAUUGGGUAAGUUGUGAUAGUAUAAAGGUUACUAUAAGGCUUUAUGAUCCUUUAUUCAGGUCAUUUAAUCCCGAAGAAGGUAAUUAUUUAGACAAUAUAAAUCUUGAUAGUCUAAAGACAGUGGUUGGAUAUUGCGAUGAUAGAAUUAAAGGGUGUGAGGUUGAAGACAAAUUUCAAUUUCAAAGAGUUGGAUAUUUUUGCGUAGAUCCAGACACGACACCUGAGAAUAUAGUUUUUAAUCGAAUUAUUACUCUUAUAUAA